CCGGGGUGUUGUUCAAUUCUUUCGCAAGACAACCGGAAUCAUUGGCUCAUCUCUUGAUUGUAUCGAGCUAUAUGUGCGGCCAGGUGAGUAAUGUAAGGCUGGGGUUUACGGCCAAAACUUGCCGCCUGAUGCUGCGCCCACCUAUAGCAGGCCACAGGAACAUGCAUCCUUCAAGCGGCAGGCGCGAAGAGCGUGAAAUGCCGCUCUGAUUCAAACUCCGUGAACUUUCACCAAACUCAUCUCAUCUACUUGCAGAAUUAUCUUCACUCAGUGGAUAUGGCAGAACUUGGUAUCGCUAGUGGGGUCGCUGGCCUUCUGAGUCUCGUGCUCGACGUGAUACAGGUCACAGGCAAAUACAUACAGGCAGUUUCGACCUCCAAUCGUAGCGUGCUUGAUGUGCUUGAUACCUUGACUUCGCUGCAAGCCAUCUUCAUCCGGUUCAAAAAGCAUGUCGACAAUACCUAUCUCAGCAGUGUCAUCUCUACAGGGCCUCCGAUCAUAUCGUCUUCGACCAUGAUCGCAUGCGAAGACCGUCUCAAGAGGUUGAAAACAUUGCUGGAGAGCUACCUGAACGAUGAGGGCCGUCUGAAGAAGAGGCACGCUCUGGCUUGGCCUCUUCGAACCGACCAAACGAAGGAUUUACUCGUCAGCUUGGAGCGUCAUCGCGACAACUUCCAUGCAGCGCUCUCGGCAGACGCUCUUGACCUCUCCUUAGCUACUCACGCAAAGCUGUCGGAGCUAGAGUCGGAUGAACACCUUCGCAGUGUCGUUGAUUGGCUAUGCCCGCAAGGCAUAACGGUGUCACCCCAGUUGGAGUCAGAGGUCGACACAACUCAUGGCUUCUGUAAGAAGCCUAGUCUCUUGAACUGGAUGGCUAGCCCUGGCAAGAUUCUUUGGUGCUAUGGAAAUACAGGAUGUGGGAAAACUGUUCUCAUGUCGCUGCUUUAUCGCGACUGGAACCAGAUCUUUACGUCGAAGAGAUACCACACUUUCGCCUAUUUUCAUCACUAUCAGGAAGCGAAGCAACAGUCAGCGGAUGCACUUGUGAGGAACUUGCUUGCGCAGAUCAUCAGAGAACGAAGCGAUGUGCCUAUGGAGAUCGACAAACUGUACACCGACGCAAAGUCAGGGAUUCAAGCGCCUUCGAAAACUCGUCUGCGAGAUACACUCAGCCAGUCACUCAAGACAAUCCCUAACGUUGUCAUCCUCAUCGACGCUUUUGACGAAUGCCAAUUCAGAGCUGAUAACCUAUCGGUGCUGCGAUCAUUGGCAGCCUGCGGAGCUUCAAUACUGGUCACAAGUCGAAAGACACCCGAUAUCGAGAGCUUGUUCUCUAAAGACCAGCAACUCGAGAUCAGGCCAGAUGAUUCCGAUAUAGUCAAGAUGGUCGACAGUAAACUGACCGAGAUCGAGGAUGAUUUGGAGCUUGAUCAAGCCUUCAAAGACGAUGUGAUUGGUAACAUCGCCGACCGAUGUGGUGGCAUUUUCCUACUUGCCAGAUUGAUAGUGAACGACCUUCUCAGGACUAGUAGCCGGAAAGAACUUCGCAAGGCACUCGUAGGACUACCAAAGACAUUACCAGAGAUGUACCGGAAGACGAUGGAUCAGAUCAAGCGCUCCAGACAUGCUGACUUGGCGAUGAGAGUCGUUCAAUGGGUCAUACUUGCCGCCCGCCCGCUGCGGAUUCAGGAACUUCGCCAUGGCCUCGCGGUAGAAUUCAGGACGUCAGAACUCGACGAAGACAAUCUGACAAGCAAGAAGACAAUCAUAUCUGCUUGCCUGGGGCUGCUUACGAUGGACACCGACGGCUUUGUUCGAUGUGUACAUGCGUCGGCUUUCGAAUUCUUAGCCGAACAAGAUCUUGAGACUACCAAAGCUGGACAUUCUGAUAUCGCUGGAGCUUGUUUGACGUACUUGUCUUACAAAGUCUUCGAUGAGCCCUGUCAGCGCAGCGAGGAACUUGAAGAUCGAGUUGCAACCAACCACUUUGCCUGUUACGCGGCACAAAAUCUGGGUUUCCAUUGUCGACAUAUCGAGACCGAGUUCACGCAACAAUUAUCAAGUCUUCUCAACAAUGAGAGUUUGCGUAGAAGCAGCACCCAGCUUUGUUACCAUCGAGAGAUCAAAGACAAAGUCCUUCGCCAAGAAGCCUUUUCCAUGCUUCCAAAGGGUCAAACAGCCCUACAGGUAGCUUGCAGGCUAGGCCUUAUUCUGAAAAGCGAGCAAAUGAUACAAUCUGGUUGUGAUAUAUCUGCAUCUGAUGCUCAGGGUUGGACAGCACUCACCACUGCCUCUUCAUACGGUCACCUUCACAUCGUUCGAUUGCUUGUGAUGGCCGGCGCAGAUGUCAAUAGCCAAGAUAUACACGGAUGGAGCCCCCUAAUCUGGAGUGUACUCAAGAACAAUGUUGAUAUUGCUCGAGAACUUCUGACGGCAGUCGCAUCUAUCAACUUGUCUGACGAGAACGGAUGGACAGCUAUGCACUGGGCAGCCAGUAUUGGAAACUUGGAAAUGAUCGACCUCCUCUCACCCGCUUGGGACCGGCUGUAUGAGUCCAGGAGCACCGAAGACUAUGGAAAAGCGAAGUCAAAGAUACCAGACGAGCGUCUAGAGCCUCUUUUGAUCGCUGCCGACUAUCGAAACGACUCCGCCCUUGACAAGAUGAUCGACGUUCAUUCCAACUCGUUUCGAGCCAUUGAAGUAGAUCGGCCUCUCGAUACAAGUGGGCUCUUUCGUUUUUUGAACAAGGAAGAAUACAUCGCUCGAAGAUAUAACCUGGGACGCCCUAACUUGCCUUCUUUGGUGUUUCCGGAACGCUUUUCGGUGAAGCUUUUCGACUCCGCUAUCAGAUCCAAUCACCUAAGCAUGGUAAAACUUCUGGUCGAGCGAGGCAUGAAAGAUGAAAUGUAUCGUGAGGUGAAUGGAAGAAAGCCUUUACACACUGCUGUCUUUUGCAACACUCCUGAGAUACCUCAAUACCUCAUCGAUCAUCAUUUUGACCUCUACGCAAAAGACGCAAAGGGUUACACCGCCUUGGAUAUUGGACUAAGAAACGGCACGCUUGAAAUGAUUGAGUAUCUACUGAGUCUACCCGCGGCAAAAUCUGUCAUACAGGGUAGCCGAGGGAGCACUCUUCAUCUGAUCUGGAGCAAUCAGCGUCUUCUCCUCAAUCACGGUAUCGAAUCACCUCAAAGCAGCCAUCAAGCGUCUCACAUGCAAGCCUGGGGCGUACGACGGGCCUGGACCGCAGAAGCACACGCACGAAUAUCAAAAGCUCAAGUGGCCACCGCGAAACAAUUACUAGCACACGGCGCCAAUGUCAACGCUCCAAACGAAUUUGGCGAAACACCCAUUUUCCACGCACUCAAAAGCGGCAGCCAAGCCGUCGAGCUUCUCCUGACACAUAAAGCAAAAACCGACAUCCUGGACAACGAUGGUAAUUCUCUACUCCACCACUGUAUCGAUCGCGACCGCUUGAACACACAACUACGAGAGCGAGACGGCACAUAUAUAGUUAACCACGAGCAAGACCCACAACUGGUCGAAUUGCUCGUCAAAUAUGGAGCGAGUACGGACAUCGUCAACAAAUAUGACGAAACACCAUUACACUUACUCGUUACGCAAGAGGCGACAGAGAAGCAACUUGCCACCCUACGAUUUUUGCUCGAGAGAUGCAAAUCUGGUACUGUUAAUGCGCUUAGCGACAGGCGGCCGAGCAAUGAGGAGUUUCAUAAUGUGAAAUAUCGAUCGAGGACUGGGGAUUAUAUUGAUGGGUGUAAGGAUGUGCUUAAGAGAAGUCCGAUGGAUCUGGCGUUGUUGGUGGGUAGUGCUGAGGUGGUGGAGGAGUUGAAGAAGUAUGGUGCUGUGGCGUACUCGGUGAAGGAACCAGAGGUCGAGCCUGAGCCCGCAUUGGCACAGGGUAAUUGAAGACGCCUUCCCUGUAGAGCGCUCAGGUAGAUAGCCGAUUGUCAAAGGCCAAAAUGGUGAUCGUAACGUCCGUCGGGG